GCUUCAACAAACAUUUGUGAAAGACUGUGCAAUAAGUCCAUCCGUGAAAUUUCCUUGCUACUAAAUAUUCCACAGUCAACUGUUAGUGGUAUUAUAACAAAGUGGAAGCAACUGGGAACAACAGCAACUCAAAGUGGUGGGCCACGUAAAAUGACAGAGCGGGGUCAGCACAUGCUGAAGUGCACAGAAGUCGCCAACUGUCUGCAGAGUCAAUAGCUAAAGACAAAUAACUUCAUGUGUCCUUCAGAUUAGCACAACAGUGUGUAAAGAGCUUCAUGGAAUGGGUUUCCAUGGCUGAGCAGCUGCAUCCAAG